CUGGGGAGAGCAGAUAUAGUGAAUGCAUGGUCCAGGGAGGCCAGAUAUAGUGAAUGCAGGGUCCGGGGAGGCCAGAUAUAGUGAAUGCAGGGUCCGAGGAGAGCGGAUAUAGUGAAUGCAGGGUCCGGGAGGCCAGAUAUAGUGAAUGCAGGGUCCAGGGAGGCCAGAUAUAGUGAAUGCGGGGUCCGGGGAGGCCAGAUAUAGUGAAUGCAGGGUCCGGGAGAGCGGAUAUAGUGAAUGCAGGGUCCGGGGAGAGCGGAUAUAGUGAAUGCAGGGUCCGGGGAGAGCCAGAUAUAGUGAAUGCAGGGUCCAGGGAGGCCAGAUAUAGUGAAUGCAGGGUCCGGGGAGGCCAGAUAUAGUGAAUGCAGGGUCCGAGGAGAGCGGCUAUAGUGAAUGCAGGGUCCGAGGAGAGC